AUGGCAGGGGCAGGGCAAGUGCUGCAUCUAUGGAACGAAUGGGGCAUCCAGGUGCUGGUGCUGCUCAGCUUCACCCUCCAGAUCAUGCUCCUCAUCAUGGCGGAGCUCCGCCGGCGCAUCGACUCCGGCGUGCUACGGGCCUUUGCGUGGUCAGCGUACAUGCUGGCCGAUGCGACGGCAAUCUACGUGCUGGGACACAUGUCUGUGACGAGCAGAUCGCCGGAGCAUGAGCUGGUGGCGUUUUGGGCGCCCUUCCUCCUCCUGCACCUCGGUGGGCAAGACAACAUCACCGCCUACAGCAUCGAAGACAACAAUCUGUGGCUGCGGCACCUGCAGACUCUUGCCGUGCAGGUGGCUGCAGCUACAUAUGUCGUCUAUGUGUCUUCCAUCCUUGCCAGCGGGUCACUGCUCCGGGCAGCCACCAUCCUGAUGUUUGUGAUUGGUGUUGCCAAGUAUGGAGAGAGAGUGUGGGCGCUCAAGUGCGCUGGUAGUAGUACCUCAGAGCAGGGCGGCAACUAUCAACCUCUAAUUUACGUCUCGGGAUCCCAGUACCGGACCAUACCGUCCAAAAGUUGCCCGGAUAAGGAAGAUUACCUAUUGGAUGCUCACCUCUUCCUGGCUGUUCCUAAGAAAUUCAUGAUGAGUAUGUUGCGGGAUGAAGAGGAGCUACGGUUUCAUGAUGUAGAUGAGCAUGCUUUGGAGGAGGUGGUUGAGAUGCAACUCUCCUUGAUGCACGAUGUCUUGUUUACAAAGACUGAGGUGGUGCACAGUUGGUGUGGCCUCUGCAUCCGUGUCAUCUCGCUGCCGGGCACAGCCGUGGCAUUGUUGUUGUUUUAUCUUUUGGGUGAUCAAGGUAUGGGGAGGAGGAGUUACAGUAAAGUAGACAUUGCUAUCAGUUAUGUCCUGCUUAUUGGGGCUGUUGUUUUGGAGGCCAUGUCAACUAUUAAGGCAAUGUUCUCGAGCUGGACAAGUUCGUUCCUGCUAAAACCGAGGAGGGAUUUCAGUAGGCCAGGAGAGGAAGAAAGAAAUAUCAGUAUCUUGCUUGGCCGUGGGAUUACAUCUGUCCGUCGGUUUGUGCAUGCGGCAGAAUGGAGAGGAAGGUACUGGUCCGGCUCCAUGGGGCAGCACAACUUGCUUCAGUUGUGCGUUGGUAGCAGGGUCAGCCGAAUCAGCAAAAUUGCGAGAUGGAUGGGAUUUGAGGACCCGUGGAAUACGCUGGCUUACUGCUCCUCCGUCCCUGUCUCGGCAUUCAUCAAGCAGCUGCUGGUCAACCAGGUGUUGAGUUGCGGCGUCCUUCCAACAAAUGAAGAUCACAUCGCUAACUCAAGGGGCCUGGCCGCCCUGAAGAGCAAGGGACUGUAUGAGGAGCUGGAAUGGAGCUUGGACCCCAAAAGGUCCUUGGAGCAGACCAUCCUUACAUGGCACAUCGGCACUGACAUCUAUCUCUUUUGGUACAAGCAGAAGCAGGCGGAGCAAGCAAAUGCCGGCGGUCAAGGCGACGACGACGCACGGAGGCAGAGGCAAGCUGAUCUCGUCGAGGCGGUGGAGGCGCUCUCCAAUUACAUGCUCUUCCUCCUUGCCUCACGUCCCUACAUGCUGCCUGCCCCUGUUGACCGUGGGAUGUACGUUAAUUCCUGCUAUGAGUUGAUUGGUAUAAUGUGCAGCUCAGCUGAGGAUCUGGCCAACUUGCUGCUGCGGCACUACAGGGAGGAGGAUACGGCGACGGCGACGGCGACGGCGACCCUGCAGUCUGAUAUCCCGUUUGACACUAGUCUGGGUGAUGCACAAGACAGACAAAAGGCCUACCGGAUAGACCUUACAUUGCACCGUGGAUGUAGGCUUGCCACAGAGCUGAUCCACAACGGGAUGCCAGACUUGCCUUCUGCUGCAAUAAUGCCGGAGCUCAUCGCCCAGGUGUGGAUCGAGAUACUAUGCUACGCAGGCCACCGGUGCAGCGCGUAUUCUCAUGCCAAGCAGCUUGGCAGCGGCGGUGAGCUCAUCACUAUCGCUUCCCUUCUAGUGGAAUAUGUCAGCGUGCAGGCCCUUCCGAUGCUACCACCACUGCCAUGA